ACAGGAAGUAGAAGUAGAAGAAGAAGAAGCACUCGCGGCGUCUCCCUCUCCGCUUCAACCUCAGCCUCAGCGAAUCUGGAACAUGGAGGGGGGAGAGGACGAGUUCUCCAAGUACCGCUCCCCGCUGGUGUCCAGAUAUGCCAGCAAGGAAAUGGCCUUCAACUUCAGCGACAGGAAGAAGUUCAGCACCUGGAGGAGGCUGUGGCUCUUUCUGGCCAGAGCUGAGAAGGUUCUGGGCCUGCCCAUCACAGAUGCCCAGAUCCAGGAGAUGGAGAGCCACACAGAGGACAUCGACUUUGCCAUGGCGGCGGAGGAAGAGCGUAAACUCAGGCACGACGUCAUGGCUCACGUGCACACCUUUGCUCACUGCUGUCCCGCUGCAGCUCCCAUCAUCCACCUAGGAGCCACCUCCUGCUACGUGGGAGACAAUACUGAUCUGAUUAUGCUGCGUGAUGGGUUUGAUAUUCUGUUGCCCAAGCUGGCCAGAGUCAUCGACCGACUGGCAAACUUUGCUGAGAACUACGCCGACCUGCCCACUCUGGGCUUCACACACUACCAACCCGCCCAGCUGACCACCGUAGGGAAGCGAGCAUGUCUGUGGUUGCAGGACUUGGCCAUGGACAUGAGGAACCUGCAGCGCGCCCGCGACGACCUGCGCUUCCGGGGGGUGAAAGGGACCACCGGCACCCAGGCCAGCUUCCUGCAGCUCUUUCAGGGGGACCAUGAAAAGGUAGAAGAACUUGACAGGAUGGUGACGGAGAUGGCUGGUUUCAAGAAAGCCUUCCUGGUGACUGGGCAGACCUACAGUCGUAAGGUGGACAUAGACUGUCUGUCCAGCCUGGCCAGUUUGGGAGCUACUGUUCACAAGAUCUGUACAGACAUCCGCCUUCUCGCCAACCUGAAAGAAAUUGAGGAGCCAUUUGAGAAAGAACAAAUUGGGUCCAGUGCCAUGCCCUAUAAGAGGAACCCCAUGCGGGCAGAGCGCUGCUGCAGCUUGGCCCGACACCUGGUGGCGCUGAUGGCCGACCCGCUGCAGACGGCCUCAGUGCAGUGGCUGGAGAGGACGCUGGACGACAGCGCCAACCGGAGGAUCUCCCUCCCAGAGUCGUUCCUGACGGCAGACAUCAUCCUCAGCACGUUGCAGAACAUCACAGAGGGGCUGGUGGUCUACCCCAAAGUCAUUGAGAGGCACAUCCGCCAUGAGCUUCCCUUCAUGGCCACAGAGAACAUCAUCAUGGCCAUGGUGAAGGCUGGAGGGAACCGCCAGGACUGCCAUGAGAAGAUCCGAGUUCUGUCCCAGGAGGCAGCGGCUGUGGUCAAACAGGAAGGCGGUGAUAACGACCUGUUGGCCAGAGUUAAACGAGACCCCUACUUCGCCCCGAUCCUGGAUCAGCUGGACGCCCUGCUGGACCCCAAGACCUUCAUUGGCCGAGCUCCCCAGCAGGUUGCCAGGUUCCUGUCUGAGGAAGUGCGCCCCCUGCUGGAGCCGUUCAAGGCUAAAAUGGAUGUUAAGAUUGAGCUUGAGCUCUGACACACAUUUCAUCACCGUGGGGAACGUUGUACCUCGGUUACAAAAACAGCCCAGACAACAUUUCCGUUAGGGUUUUGACAUCUUGCUGCUUUAAUUGUUAUUAAUGAGCUCAUACUGUCAUUUACAACCUAAUAAAGUUCCUGUAAUCUUUA